ACUGCCCGGCAGCCGCAAGCAAUGGCUUGUCUGGGGCCUUCCGCACCGGUGCCGGAGUUACCGGAGAAGAACUGCGGGUACCGCGAGGUCCAGUACUGGGACCACCGAUACCAGGGCGCUGCCGACUCUGCCCCCUACGAGUGGUUCGGAGACUUCUCUUCCUUCCGUGACCUCCUAGAGCCGGAGUUGCGGCCAUUGGACCGUAUCCUCGUGCUAGGCUGUGGAAACAGUGCCCUGAGCUACGAGCUAUUCCUUCGGGGCUUCCCUGACGUGACCAGUGUGGACUACUCAUCAGUAGUGGUGGCUGCCAUGAGGGCUCGGUAUGCCCACGUGCCCACGCUGCGAUGGGAGACCAUGGACGUGCGGGCACUGGGCUUCCCUAGUGGCUCCUUUGACGUGGUGCUUGAGAAGGGCACACUGGAUGCCCUGUUGACUGGUGAACAGGAUCCCUGGACUGUGUCCUCUGAAGGUGUCCACACUGUGGACCAGGUGCUAAAUGAGAUGGUGGAGUACAAACGCGCCACACUGCGGGAUGAAGACGCUCCCGAGACCCCCGUAGAGGGCGGGGCCUCCCCGGACGCCGUGGAGGCGGGAUUCCGGAAGAGGACCAGUCCCCUCUUGCGGUUGCACACCCAGCUGGAGCUGGUCUUGGCUGGUGUCUCUCUACUGCUGGCUGCCCUGCUUCUGGGUUGCUUGGUGGCCCUGGGGGUCCAGUACCACAGAGACCCAUCCCGUAGCACUUGCCUCACAGAGGCCUGCAUUCGAGUGGCUGGAAAAAUCCUGGAGUCCCUGGACCGUGGAGUGAGCCCCUGUGAGGACUUCUACCAGUUCUCCUGCGGAGGCUGGAUUCGGAGAAACCCUCUACCUGAUGGGCGUUCUCGCUGGAACACCUUCAACAGUCUCUGGGACCAGAAUCAAGCCAUCCUGAAGCACCUGCUUGAAAACACCACCUUCAACUCCAGCAGUGAAGCUGAACGGAAGACGCAGCGCUUCUACCUCUCCUGCUUACAGGUGGAGCGCAUCGAGGAGCUGGGUGCCCAGCCACUGCGAGACCUCAUUGACAAGAUUGGUGGCUGGAACGUUACGGGGCCCUGGGACCAGGACAACUUCAUGGAGGUGUUGAAGGCAGUUGCAGGGACGUAUAGGGCCACCCCCUUCUUUACUGUCUACGUCAGUGCCGACUCUAAGAGUUCCAACAGCAAUAUUAUCCAGGUGGACCAGUCUGGGCUCUUUCUACCCUCUCGAGAUUACUACCUAAACAAGACUGCCAAUGAGAAAGUUCUUACUGCCUACCUGGACUACAUGGAGGAGCUGGGGAUGCUGCUGGGCGGACAGCCAACCUCCACACGGGAGCAGAUGCGGCAGGUGCUGGAGCUGGAGAUACAACUGGCCAACAUCACAGUGCCCCAGGACCAGCGGCGGGAUGAGGAGAAGAUCUACCACAAGAUGAGCAUUGCGGAGCUGCAGGCCCUGGCGCCCUCCAUGGACUGGCUGGAGUUUCUGUCCUUCUUGCUGUCACCGCUGGAGCUGGGUGAUUCUGAGCCUGUGGUGGUGUAUGGGACGGAUUAUUUGCAGCAGGUGUCGGAACUCAUCAACCGCACAGAGCCAAGUGUCCUGAACAAUUAUCUGAUCUGGAACCUGGUACAGAAGACAACUUCAAGCCUGGACCACCGCUUUGAGUCUGCACAAGAGAAGCUGCUGGAGACCCUCUAUGGCACCAAGAAGUCCUGCACACCAAGGUGGCAGACCUGCAUCUCCAACACCGAUGACGCUCUUGGCUUUGCUCUGGGCUCCCUCUUUGUGAAGGCCACAUUUGACCGGCAGAGCAAGGAAAUUGCAGAGGGGAUGAUCAGCGAGAUCCGGACCGCCUUUGAGGAGGCUCUGGGACAGUUGGUUUGGAUGGAUGAGAAGACCCGCCAGGCGGCCAAGGAGAAAGCAGAUGCCAUCUAUGAUAUGAUUGGUUUCCCGGACUUCAUCCUGGAGCCCAAAGAGCUGGAUGAUGUUUAUGAUGGGUAUGAAGUGUCUGAAGAUUCCUUCUUCCAGAACAUGUUGAAUUUAUACAACUUCUCUGCUAAGGUGAUGGCUGACCAGCUCCGCAAGCCUCCUGGCCGAGACCAGUGGAGCAUGACCCCGCAGACAGUGAACGCCUACUACCUUCCAACCAAGAAUGAAAUCGUCUUCCCUGCUGGCAUCCUGCAGGCCCCCUUCUACGCUUGCAACCACCCCAAGGCCCUGAACUUUGGUGGCAUCGGCGUGGUGAUGGGCCACGAGUUGACACAUGCCUUUGAUGACCAAGGGCGGGAGUAUGACAAGGAAGGGAACCUUCGGCCAUGGUGGCAGAAUGAGUCGUUGGCAGCCUUCCGGAACCACACGGCCUGCAUAGAGGAGCAGUACAGCCAGUACAAGGUCAACGGGGAGAAGCUCAACGGGCGCCAGACGCUGGGGGAGAACAUUGCUGACAAUGGGGGGCUUAAGGCUGCCUACAACGCUUACAAAGCAUGGCUAAGAAAGCACGGGGAGGAGCAGCAGCUGCCAGCUGUGGGACUCACCAACCACCAGCUCUUCUUUGUGGGAUUUGCCCAGGUGUGGUGCUCGGUCCGCACACCCGAGAGCUCUCACGAGGGGCUGGUGACCGACCCCCACAGCCCUGCCCGCUUCCGCGUGCUGGGCACUCUCUCCAACUCCCGCGACUUCCUGCGGCACUUCGGCUGCCCUGUCGGCUCCCCCAUGAACUCAGGGCAGCUUUGUGAGGUGUGGUAG